AUGCACUCGGGCUGCCACCAGCCAUCUCCCUGCCUACUGCCGCCGCCAUCACCAUGCGCUGCCUCAUCAGCCUCGCUCUCGGCCUGCUGGCCCUGGAGGUGGCCCUUGCUCAGAAUCCACUGGAACAAAUCGUCAACUCAGUUAUGUGUGCUGCAGCCAGCGCCAGUGAGAAGACGGGGUGUAGCAACUGUCUCACCAGUGCGGAGUGUGCCCAGAACGCCUUGCGUUGCCUCAGCUCCUGUGGUGCCAUCUGCAAAACUCCUGUCAACGUUGAUGUUCCAAAGGCUGGCCAAUGCCCCUGGAGUCCAGUCCGCGUGCUCCCUGCUGGGCCAUGCCUAGAGAAGAGCUCCUGUUCCAGGGACAGUGAUUGUACCGGCAACAUGAAGUGCUGUACGAACGGCUGUGCCAUGAAGUGUCAGAACCCACAAGCAGCCCCUACAGAGGAAUUCUUUCAGUGAGCAGACUGCCCUGAGGCCCCUGCCUGCCAGGAGUGACCAGCCCAAGCUUGUGCAGCAAGAAUCUUCACUCCUGGAUCCAGAGAGAGCAUAAUGCCUUCUAUCUGCUGCUAAUAAAAAUCCAUUUGGCUCUA